AUGGCGUAUCAGGACACAACAACCAUAUUGCAACACACUAUGGACACCAACAUGUUGCGUAAAUACGCAGGUGUGCUGGACACUGCUCUGUCCUUCUGGGGGUCACGUUGGAAACAUGAAGAGCAGACCGAAAGGCAAUUUGUUUUCGUCUUCCGACCGCGAUGGAACUACAACGCGAUGGCACUGCACCAAAGUCAGUUCGUGUGGUACCGCCGCCUCUUCGUGGUCUUCUCGCGCUACACAUUCAUUAACACCUUCCGCCCGAUACUGUCGAUUGGUAGUGCGGAUCAGCCAGCAGAGCUCAAGAAGAUACAGUAG